AUGGACAGCAGCUUCCGACUGACGCGGAUUGAUGCGACGCCGCAAGAGGACUUCAAGGGUGGAGAAGAAACGGGGCGGGCUUUGUUCAUGGUCGGGCAAGGUUCGGAACGCUUUGACGCACUUGUUCCUGGUGCUGCAGCAAAUCUUCGUUCACUGCUUAUUUCUGGAGUCAAGGCCAAGCUUUGUGAAGGUGCAAAGGAUGGAAGUCCUUAUGAGACCGCAGCAGCCAGAUUCUCCAUGGAAGCAGCUCGGCUUGAAAUGUGUUUGGAGGGGCACCACACAAUGAUCGUGCCGCCUUGUGUGAUCCAAGAUGGAACUGCAGAGUCCAUUUUGUCUGGAAUACAGGCAAAGAUUCCCAUCAGCAUUCCAGGAGCAAAUAUCCGGCUCGCAUCUUUCCUCUUCAAAUCUAUGCGUGAGCAGACUGAUGCACCUACACCUUGGCUCAUGUGGACCUCUUGUGAGACGUUCUGCUUGGCAAACACGUUGUGCAAUGGUUCAACUUGGUUUGACUUGCUGGUUCACAUUUGGAAUAUCAUCGAUGAAACCAUGGUGGUGGACUAUGGAGAGACCUUGUCUUUCAAGGAGGCGGCGGUUGGAAGCAGCGGACUUUCUGCUGGAUAUCGACAACGGACCAUGGAAAUCAGACAGGAUGUGUCAUACCUGCCAGCUGGGGUGUUGUACUUCCGUCAAAGAGGCCAAGCUGAAAUUUUGGGUGGCAGUCCAGGCUCCAGCUGGGCCUACAUCGUCUUCUUCAACGUGGCUUUGCGAUCAGAGAAAGCUUGGCGGCUUCUUUCUGAUGACCACACCAUUUUCAAAUUGUAUAUCGCAGUUGCUGUGCUAACACCAGUUGAACGCAUUCUGCACCAGCAGUUUGAAUGGCAGAGCAGUUCUGCAUGGCUUUCUCCAGACUUGGCAGAAGUGCCAUUUGUCAAGAUGGCGAAUAUGCAGAACUCACCAGCCAUGCGGUCGAUUCAUCACCUGGCCCGGUGCUUGAUGGGUUGCAAUCCGUUGGGGGAGCAGGAUGAGGCUGCUAGAGAUGAAUCUGCGGACCAUGCUGAUCUCUCAGUGGUCAAGGCAUUGACACAAGGAAAUGUCAAUGUGGAUCUUCAACUGGCGUUCAGGGCCAAAGUUAGCAAUGUGGAAAUCGAACUCAAUUUCGCAAGUUUGGCGCGCACCAAUGGCUAUAACUUGUUUCUGAAAGAUGAGUAUUCCACUGCACAGCUUCCACCUGAUUUGGAGGAAGCCAGCUGGAAUGAGAAGCGCACGUUCAUUUCCAAACGGGCAACUGCCAAAUGGAAUGAACAGUCUUUUGAGAUGAGGCGGCUGAGACGUUCAUACUCGCAGAAAGCAAAAGAAGCCAAUCAGACUACAAAGCUGAACCGCCAACUGUCAAUACGCAGUGAAGAUGCUGCAGCCACCAAAGCAGCGAAAGCAGUUCAACAUCAGUUUUGUUUGCUAGAUGCAGCCAUCGAAAGCAAUUUGCUUGGAACAUCGUCUCCACAGAUGCCUUCUGUUGUCAAACCGAAAGAACUGGUUGCGUUUGCAAACAGGAAUUGCUUGCUGGACGAUGCGAAUUCUUUUGGUCAGGACACUGGUCUAGACUUGGUUCCGCAUGAAGGAGUUCAACGACCAACUGACUUGGUCACCAAUGCUGCUGGAUGCAGCCAAGCUGCUUCAUUUUUGUCCAAGAAAGAUCAUGAUCAUGCUCUUCAUGGGCUUGGAGAUGGAGAGUUUGCAAUAUCUGAGAAACUUGUGGAAAAGGCAUUAGCAGAAGUUCCAGGCUUUGUGUCGAAAACAAAUGCAUGUUUUCAAUCCGAGCACAAUCAAGUUAUCAAGCAGACUCCAUUUGAGCUUGCACCCCAAGAUGAACUCGAAAACAUUCACUGCUGUCAGCUGGUAUGUGGACGUUACUGCAGGGAUGAUAUCAAGAAUGCUUCCCUGCUGCACAGAGCCAUUGACAUGAUGAAGAGCAUAUGCAGAAUCAUGGCUGCUCAACGUGACAUUCGAACUGGACGUUUGAAGUAUCUCAGCCCAUCCUGCAAACUCCCAGUGAUAUUGGUCAAGAAUGCUCGGGGUGUUCACGCUCGCUUGGUUUGCAGAGUUUCUCUGAACCCGCUCGAAGUGGAUUUGCAACAUUGCAGUGUGCACCAAAUCGCUGAUGCAUCGUACAAGUACAAGGUGGUCCUUCAAUUUCAGUGCUUUAUGGGUUCAUCGCUGCUUUGCCCAUUGGUUGAUAGCAUGACUGAAUGCGCUAUUUGGUUCAGUCAUAUUUGGGAUGACACCAGCAAAUGCGAACUGGUUAUGGAUUAUGAGCUGGACCCAAUCAGUGACCAUGUGAUCCUGGUCAAGCAUCACCACAAGACGUAUGUAGAAGAAGCCAUUGGACACAACAGCUUUCAAUCUCUUUUGGAUUCUGAUUGCGCAAGUAAAGCUGGUCAAAAUCAAGAUCCAGAAGAAGCAGCUUUGCUUUCGGCGGGCAACAUUGUUUCCAGGCUGAACAGCGGCAGCAAGAGGAAGCGCAAUUCCAAGGACAAGAGCGCCAAUGCCAGUGUAUCAUUUCUGCCAGCAGUUUCCAAAAAGCAGCGUGGGACACACCAGAGUAUCUUGUCUGCAGGUUCAGAAGUAUCGUUGGGUGACUUGCUGGUUGCUCAGCUGGUUCCAUCAUUUGACGCCCAAGCAGAAGCAAAUCUGGAGUCAGGCGGCGAGAAAACGCUCAUUCUCCAGUGCCCCGCUGCCUGGGUCGUGGCCGAAUUGCCGGCAGUCCAAGAAUGGGCUGAGAAACAUGCGAAAGCCUUGAAGAGAGCGGAGACGCUGCCCCUCGAGACCGGCAUGCCAGCCCAGAUUCCGGCCUCCAAGCGCUUUGUGGACGAGGUGCAGCAGGAGCGGUUUGGUGACCAAAUCACGAUGUUGAAAAAUGCCCUUAUGAACGAUGCGAACCAUGUGGCCAAAGAAGAGAUUCUUGUUCCAGUGGAGCCAGAUACCAAGCCACCCUUGAAUGGUAAACUUGGGGAUAUCGCACGUGUUUUGCAAAUGAAGGAACAGGUUCUGAACACUUUGGAGAAGAAUGCGGCUGACCUCAGAGGCACGAACUUUGAUAUCCUGGACGACCCACGGGUGUUUGAUUUGGCCUCACCAGCAGGCUUUGUAUUGGCAUUGAACGAAGUCCUACGGAUUGAGGAGGGUGGGCUCCUACUGAUGGAACAGGCAGCUUGCACCGUGAAGACUGCAACCAAGUAUGUUGACCGUGCUGGUGUGAAGCGUCAUGUGGGGAAUAAACGUGCAUUGAAAGAGUCACAGGCCUUCACGAAGGAGUUCGGGAGCUUCAUUGCAGAAACGAUUGUGGAGCGUAUGCACGCUAAGUUGAUGGACGUGCUUCAGUAUAUUGGCCACUGCAAGUAUGUGUCAGCACCUGGAUCCGCCCCACCUGUUGCCACAAGUGUUCCUUCGGAACCUACCGCCCCAGUGGAAAGAACCGUGAAGAACAAGCGCAUUCGAAGGAAAAUGGCUGAAGCUGCAGUGGCUGAAAAGGCGGAAGAACCUCCAGCUCCUGUCACGCCGCCAAGGCGAACUCGAAGCAGGCGAUCCCCUUCACCUCCCAGAGACCCAGAGCCCAAGCGUGCUGCAGCAAGCAUGGCCCCACCGCCCGUGCCCAAAGCAAAGGGAAAGAAGAGGAGGACUGCCAGCCCUGUCCCAGACAUCACUGGUUGGCCUACUGCCCCGGAAUUCACCAUCACCUGGAACAACAUCGAGAAACUGAUGGACUUCUACAAGAUCAGCGAAGCAGAAGCCUCUGCAAUCCUUUUGCAGGUGUGUGGGCCCAACCAGGCUGCCCAAGAGUUUUGGUGUAAGUUCAAAGCUGGCAAGGAUGAGAAGACUGAAAAGGAAAAGACCACAAAGGAGAAGGAGAAGACCGGAAAAAAGAAGGAGACGGCCGGCAAGGAGAAGGAGACGAGUGGUAAGGAGAAAACUGGUAAGGAUAAGGAAAAGACGGACAAGGAGAAGAAGGGUGGGAAGAUGAUGGAAACCGCAGGACCUCCCCCUACCAGCACUUGUGCUAAGCCAGCACCCUCCGCCCCAGCUUCUGCAGCUCCCGCAUCAAAUGCUCCUCCCAAGAAGCUCACCCGGGCCCAGUGGGAAAUGACUUUGGAUUCCCAGCCACGUCCAGAGCAUGAUACUAGUGAGGAGGAGGAAGAUGAUGAUGGUACGUUCAACCCUGAUUUGCAGUUUGGUGGUGAGUUGGAUGAUGAUUCAAUGAGUGAAGAUGAGCUUGAUGAUCUUAAGGCUGAGUCAACGACGUCUUCGGAUUCACCGCCUCCCCCUCCACCUGCUGCUGCCACAGUACCAACGGGGGCUGUGAUCGACCAGCUUGAGACCCAGCCCGAGACUGCACCUGAGCCUGUCCUCCAACCUGUGCAUAACCCAAAGGACGACCUAUCGGCCAAUGCUAUCAAGGAAUUGGAGGAAGAGAUCAAAAAAGCGGCUUCUCCCAUGAAGUCGAAGGUCGUGCACUACUCUCCAACUUGGUGCUACUUCUUUGUCGCUUCGGAGUAUGCAGCUGCUUCACGUGGAGAACCUGCAGCAUCCCGACCUCCCUCGACAGAAGCCUUUCCACUUGCCCCAGAGAAAGCCAAGCCUGCACCAAGCCCUGCUGCGACAACUUCGGAUUCACCAACCUCGAACGCAUCUACGCCGCCACCACAGGCCACCCCGACACCACCUGCAACCCCAACACCUCCGACCUCGACCGAACCUGCAGACAAGGCCUUGGCACCACCUGCAGAUACCCCGCCAGCCACUGGAGAGGUCGUGAACAGCUCGACACAUAGAGCCGCGCACGCGCGGCUUGCGAGAAAGAUGGCCUCUAUGGACACAGCGGAGUGUCCGCAAAUGCAGCAGAAGAUCGAGUCCAUCGUACAGCGUGGUGGAGGAGUCCCUGACGAGGAUGCCCCACAGGAUGCAGCAAGCACCCGUUUUUGGUGCACAACAGGUGCCAAAUACACUGACAAGGUAUUGGGGACCUUGUUGCCAAACAACAUGGAAAUAGGUGGUUCGACUACGGCUGCCCCCAGUGGAUCUGGCCCCAGCUUGGAAUCCUUGGUGGAUGUGAUUCGUAAUGGCCAAGGUGCCCAUGUCAAGAGGGAGUUCCAGGCCUGCUCGGUGGCGAUGGAUCUGCCUUCAGAGCACCCAUUGCGGAAGGAAUUGAGCGACAUGAAAGUGAUUUUCGAACAAGUACUGGAAUCGCUGAAGACUUGCACUGAUGAGGAGGUGGAAUCGAUUUGCCAGAUGGGUUCGACAGAGGUACUUGGACUGAAACCUCGGCAAAUCUCCUUCGCCAUCGUUUGGAUGAAGCGUUCCUUGGUUUUGAUCGAACGUCCCAAGUGGUUGGCCUAUGGAAUCGGGUCUGGAUACUCGACAGUGAGGCAUUCGAGGCAUAUGGCGGAGGCAUUUGAUUCCGAUCUUUUUCCGAUCCUCACCUACAACGAGAAAAUAGGAGUGAAAGGGAGCGUGGUCUCCACGAACGUGCGCAAAGGUGAUGAGAUCGAUGUUUUGAACGACAGUUGGAUGUUCUUGAUAUGGACGACGGAUCAUUGCCCGUACCGAACAAACUCAGUGGCCUCUCGAUGGCCCAUUGCUGUGAUUCCCAAAAGUUUGUAUUUCAUGGACACCAAUGGAAUCAAUGCAACCCUGGCCGCUGCAACAGCUGAAAUUGUUGCGAACCUGAACUUUUUCGUGAUGGGGUUCAGAGGCGACUGGAAGGCGUAUCGCCAGGUGUUCAACCUUGUCCGCCACUACAAUGCAGAGGAGGGGAGCGGUAGCGACUGCAACAUUGUGGCAUCAUGGCUGGAAAGACGAAUUCCCCCCCGAAGACGAAUUGCGAAGACGAAUUCCCCGAAGACGAAUUGCCCCCCGAAGACGAAUUCCCCCCCGAAGACGAAUUGCGAAGACGAAUUCCCCGAAGACGAAUUCGAAGACGAAUUCCCCCCCGAAGACGAAUUCCCCGAAGACGAAUUGCCCCCCGAAGACGACUUUUUCACCAACGACUUGGGAGCGCAGCGGACAAAGUAUUUGGAAUUGCGGUCAGCGAAUCCACAGCUUCGCAUGAGAUCUGAUGUGAAUCUUGGCCCCAGAGUGUCAGUGAACGUCAAGAAUCGGGAGCGUUCAUCAUUAGAACGUCCAGAAGAGUACUUUUGCCGUCUGGACGUAUAUCUUCGUGAUAAUCCUGGUAAAACCGUCAAGGAGUCCGAGAAGGUGUGGGAGUUUUUGGAUGGCGUUUGGAUCGAAGGGGUCAACAUUCAAACGGGCCGUGAAGGUUAUUUCAAAAGGGUUCGAGCUACUGAGAAGGAAACUGAGCUCAAUGUGGAAGUUUUCAACAAUGAUGAUGCUCCCAUUGCUGAUCCUGAGCAGCAUACCAGAAUCUUCAAUUCCGCUGCAAAGGCUAUGGCAACCAAGUCAGAGACCAUUGAUGCCCUAGACCUUCCAUUCUUCAGGCUUGGAAACACUGCUCAGAAAGCUGCGCUUACCUUGUUGGGGCCAUCAUCGGCAGGUUCUGCUGCUGCUGCUGAUAUGUUAGUGGAAGCAGUGGGUGGAUCAACUGUUGAAGAAGAUCCUGACGUUGGAGCGCAAAGUGACAGUGAAAGUGACAAGGAGAACCAUUCCUCAUCAGCAAACAUGGGUGUUGGCAUUGGAAACGCUUUGGAUGCAAUGAAGCUGGCUUUUGGAUCAGGCCCGAAGGAUCCAAAGGCAAAAUCUGGUUCUGUCAAAGCACCAGCCAAGGCUGCUGGCAAAUCCAAGGCAACCGCAAAGCCAAAGGUUGAGAAGGGCAACAAACGAUCCAAGUCCACUGAGGUUGAGAUUCUGAAGCUCCCACCUACCAAAAAGAUGAAACUUCAGACCAGCGAUGCCAACAAGGCUGCAGAUGACAAGAUUCUUGAAGAGCAGAAGGGCAUGUUGGCAAAGCUCAAGGAGGAGUUGUUGUCCAAGAUCACUGAGACGGACUCAGAGGCUGCGAUCGUAGAGCAUCUGAAGAAUGCAUCAAAGGAUCUGGCAGGCUAUCGUUCGAAGGUGAACAAAGUGAAGAAAAGUGUCAAACGCAGAAACGAUGCGGCUUCCUUGAUAGAAGCCUUGCUUCAGUUGAUUGAUGAGGCAACUGAGGUUGAUCAGAUUUGCGUGAAGUUGCGUAACCUCACCUUUGAUGAGAAUGCAAUGUCCGACCUCGAAGAUGCAGCCACCACAUGGUCGGUUUCAACUAUGUGUUUCAAACGAGGUUGGAAAUCUAUGGCUUUGGGCUUCCUCAAGUUCACUGACUGGAAGGCUUUGGAGUCCAUGAAUGAUCACAUCGUGAAGAGGCUUGGGGAAUCGAAGGGUGGAGCCUUUUUCCAGCUUCUGGUGUCAGAAGUUCUUCAACGGUUGCUUCGGUCUUUGCCUACAAAAGCAGAAGUGGAUCAAUGGCCAUCGGAUUCAAUGGAUGCCUUGAAGGGAUUUUUGACUCACUUUGCAGCUUCAAAACUCCUGCAGCCGGCUGUUGUCCACACCAUGGAAUACCUUUGCAUUGCUUUGAGUCCAGAAAAGCAUGUGGCUGCAAAGGUGUCUGAAGCAGUGAAUGAAUUGACUACUUCUUCGAAGUCCAAGGAUCAUGCGGAUUGCGGGGUUUCGGCGAUGGUCGUAGGGAUCAAGCAGGGAAAGACUCUCUUGAAGGCAACCAGAGACAGAGCGCAAGAAGAUGAGAAGGAAACUGCUCAUUUGCAACAUGUUUCUGACAAGAUCACAGAGCUGGAUGCCAGCUUGGAGUCCAUCGAGAAGUCAGACUAUGACUUCAACAAGGGCUUGGAGGUUUGCAAAGAAGCUUUUGAAACAUACUCAGCAGCCUUGACCACUUCUACAACUGGAGCUUCAAAGACGCUGUUGAACAACUCGAAGAAAUCCAUCUCAGACUUCAUUUCCACGCUGUCCCGUGCGUUCAUCCGUGGUACUGUGAAGGAUUGGUUUGAGGCUUCAGUGUCUCUCUUCAAUGAAAAGCAGCAGUUUGCUGCGAAGCCUGCCUUCACUGUGGAGAAGGGCAAGGUGUUCUUGCAAUGUCGAUCCAUUUCAAAGGAUGCCAAUUCUCUAUGGGUCAUGGUUGGGGACCUCAUGGUGUUGAUGACGGACUUGGACAAUUUGAUGGCAUCGUACAAGCAGGAGAAGCUGGUAGCCUCUGAGGCAGUGCAGGUCUAUAGCAGGAUGAAAAAAUUUCGUGACAACCAGUGGAAAGAGCUGAACGCUAUGGGUCUGCUGGAUGAAACUAUGGCGUCGAGUUUUGGUGAGCUCAUCAAGAUCUUGAAUCAGAUGGUUCGGGAGUUGGUUGUCAUCGAGAAUUCUUCUUGCACAAAUUGCAUUGGGAAGAUUAUGGCCAAAGUACUUGAUCCAAAGACCAUUACAGAUCAGGAUCUGAAGGACAUCUAUGAUUUGAGAGACAAGGUGAUGCUGCUCAGCACGGAAGCCGAGAAUCCAAAGGCUUUCAAGCUACUGGUUAUGUGCAAGCAGUGGAUCAUAUGCUGCCAUCGCCUCGCCACUUUGGACAUGACCACAGACGAAAGAUCUCCUUUGGCAGCUGUGUUCCUGCCCUACUUCACUAUGAGGUGUUUGCUCGACUCUCCCAAGAAUGGCUUGGGAACUGAUUGCGAUGUCAAGGACCAUCCAGGGCUUGUCAUGAAUACAAUCUAUGAUUUGCUUCAGGCUGACAGCGAAGAGUUCAAGGCAUCCUUCCCAGAUUACAAGUCUUUCCAUACAGGGUUUGAUGCAUUGAGUGAUCAGAUUGACAAGUUGUUUUCCAAACGGGAAGCUUUCUACCAGAAAGAUGUUGAUGAGGUGGUGAAAGGGUUGGCAGCAAUCCAAGACAAAAUACCCGAUCUUGAUCCAUCCAAGCUUGGGACUUUCAUUUCCGCAGUCAAACGUGUUGAGAAGAAAUUUUGUGAUUUGGUGGAUCGUGCAGCCGAAGUCAUGACAGCGAUGGAAAAAGAUUCAGAAGCGUUUGGAUGUGAUGUGAAGACCGUAUGCAGCUUGUGGGUUGAAUGCAAAGCAGCACAUCAGUUGGCAACGACGACUUUGGCCGAUCAAUCAGCAGCUAUCCUUUUGUCUGUGGAAGGUAAGCAGCUUCCAGAGGGUCGCGCCAAGACGCUCUUGGUCAAUUUGAACAAGACGUGCACUGACAAGGGCCUGAGCAUCAAUGCAACCUUGCAGGCACAAAUUACCAGUCUGAUCAGUGUGCAUUCGAACACAGCACUUGACAUUUUUUGUUUCACCUUUUUUGUUUCGGCCAUGGCAAAGAAGCGAAGCGCAGAAGUUCCGGGAGCUGCCCCAAAGCGUGCUCGGAAAAAGUCUGACAAUCCUUUUGAUCACCCUCCUGACAAAGACCAGAAGACCAUACAUUCGGCCUUUUUGGCUUUGAAGAAUGAUGCAGUGAGUGCAGCCUCUGUGCCUGCUGCUGUGGGUGCAGCCCAUCAGCCGGAGGCUGUUGAGGCUGUGGAAUCGCCUAUGCCGCCUAUGCCUGCAGCUGCUGAGACUGCUGAAGCUGUGAGUGCAGCCCCUUUGCCUGCUGUUGAGGCUCUGGGUUCAGACGGUUCAGAGCCCACUGUGGCUGUGGGUGCAGUCUGUAUGCCUGAGGCUGUUGAGCCUAUGAAUUCAGCCUCUGUGCCACAGGCUGAGGAGCCUAAGCCUCCUGCAGUGGAUGACGGUGAGCCAUCCAUUUCCAAGCAGGAUGUAGUCUCUUUGAGCAAUGUACUCCAAAUGGUUUCAGUCAUCGAGAAUGAUGCCGGUGCAGCAGAGAGUUUGAAGUCUGUGACUGGAGAGAACUUCAAGGAAUUGCUGGCAGAAGCCAAGCUCCAUCCAUGUUUCUGUGAAUGGAUCAUGGAUUCUGGUCUUUCCUGUACCGUGUUGGAGGAUGAUGAUGUUGAUCGUUCCAAGUUUCUAGCAUUUUUGCGUUGGAUCCUCAACAAGACCACAUUGAUGGCAAGUACAAACACUUCAGCUCCCACUAUGCCUUUGCCAAAGAAGAAGUCUGAGGAUGCUUGUGAUGGACUGACAGCUGCUGCACAGGAGACUCAGGAGGUUCAUGGUGCCUUAGCGCUUGGAGCGCUGGAAACGCAGGCAAUAGAGGAGACAAACGUUUAUGACAAGACCAACGUCUUGAGCGACAAAGACGAGGACUUCAGCGAUAACGAAACUGUUCACUAUAGCCGCCCUGAUCCUGAUGACGAGAUUCAGGAUUCAGAGACUCUGUCGGACGAGGUGCUUGACUACGCAGAGAUCACAGCCUCAUAUGCACAGGAAUUACCAAGUCAGAGCGAUGGCAACAUGUUGGCGUUGGGCAGCGGCUUCUCUUGCAAAAGCUUGUCAAAGCUUAUGAACGAUGGGGGAAGCUUUAGAAAGGCCAUGCAUGACAAGAACCAGGACAACUUUCUCCUGAGCAAUGACUCUGAUCUGGUAAUUGAAGAACUGAGCCGUCGUCAGAAGGGAAAGGCAGAUCGAGACAAACGUCGUGAUGAACAGCAGAAUCAAGUUGAUGAUAAAGGUAAUUUGCCAUGGCCUAUCAAAAUUUCAGAUGAACUGCGUCAGAACGAGUGGUUCAAAACAUUGCCUGAGCGAGAGCAAGAGGCCUGUGCAGUGCAGUUCACGUUCAAGCAUUACUUGAGGUUUGAGAAGCUUGAGGUAUUUGAACCAGUCCUUCACAUCAUGUUUGAAGCUUGGUUGGUGACAAGUGCGGCGGUCAAUGUGUUGGCCAAAGCCAAUCCAUCCGGAGCCAUUACUGAAAGGUCCUUGAAGAUGUUUGCCAGCAAACACAAACUGUCACGAGAUGCUGACCCAGUAACAUGGAUUCGAUCUUGUGAGAACAUCAUGACAGACUACAUCCAGUCUUCCAAAUCCUUCACAGUGGAUGGUCUCACCGACUUGUCCAUUGCCUACAUGAAAUGCAGCGUUGAGAUGAACAUGCUGCCAAAGAUUGGGAAGCUGUCUGAUGUGAUUUUAGCAAUGAAGGCUUUACUGAUGAGUAGCGCAGAAACUGCAUCCAAUCGGGUUGAUAGCAUGGACGGCAUGGACAUGGAUGCCAUGGUAGUCCCAACUGUCUUACCGAGCGGGACAGUUUGGGAUUUCUGUCAGGGAAGGUUCCCUUCGACAAUAGUGGUCGCCCUGAUCACCUCGAUGAUGUGCUCCAUGGAGUUCCGAUCGGCGGAAGAUGAGAAAGACUUGGACUGUGUGGAGUCCCUGCUGAAGAGGUUUCUAACGGUUCACUGGCCCGUGGCCCGAUUGUGCUUCGACAGGACCGAAACCUCACGAUGGAACCAAGAUAUUCUGCAAGAUAUUCUGAAGCAUUGGGAAGCUGAAGCGUUGCACAAGUCACUAUGGCUAUUUGGG